AUGUUGGAAAAUGAUUCUAGUCAUUGGUCUGAUGAUUUGUUGCCCGUUGUUUAUGGAAUCAAUACUCGAGUUUCUAGUACAACAAAAUCAACACCAUAUGAAGUGAUGUUUGGCCAAUCGCCUCGUUCUGAUUCAGAAUUAAGGAAGCUUGUUAGUCAAAAUGGAAUUCUAGAUGAAGAAGAUCUACCAAGUCCGGUUGUUAGUUUGGAUGAUGAUAUCGAAAACUCUGUUGAUGUUGUUGACGGUGAUGUGAGUGUAAUUGUUGAAAAGUUAGCAGAGGAGGCUUCUUCUAAUUCGUUAUUCGAUCUACCCUCACCGGGACCAACAAAUGAUACAGCUCUUUCACCGUCAUCUGAACCUUUUCCUUCUAAUUUAACAACGUUAUCUUUAACAACAGCAGCAAAUUCUGCUGCUUUUUCAGCAUCUGUUUCUUCCGUACCACGUCAUGGUCUUAUACGUAAGAGAGCUACAGAUAACUAUCUAAAAACAGCAAAUAAAAAGAUGAAGGCACAUGAUAAUUAUCUUGACAAUUUGAGUCAUAAAUUUAAUGUAAAUGAUUGUGUUGGUGUUAAAAUACAUGAAGCAGAUCGUACAAAUACAGAUGCUAAGCUUUUGCCAUGUUUGAUUGUUGAAAAAAUAUCCAAAAAUAAUUCUGUAAUCUUUCGAUUAGCAUGUCAAUAUGGCAUACUAACGAACACAUUCUCACUUGGUGAAGUUAUUGAUCUGAAAUCUGCUUGUCUGAAACCUUUAAAGAAAAUAGAUGUUGAAGAUUUAGAAAAUAUUACUUUUAUCGAAGCCUGUAAGCUUUUUGUUCGUGGCUCCGUUAGCGGAAGUACUUGUGAUUGUAAAACAAAGUGUGCUACGAAAAA